AAGUCCAGCCUCCUGCAGGUAGCUGUCUGUCUCGCUUCCUGCACCUUGACGUUCAGGUAGGCAGAUUUGAGCCCAAAGUUUGGGAAAAAUUUAAGAAAACAGUUCGGGUCGGAGCGGAACCAGCAGAGUGGGAAUGGAUCGAACAUUUUGGCAUUUUGCGUGAAGCUGGAGGAUCCGUCCUUCCUGUGGAAGUCAGCUGGAGCCGAUCCGCGAGGUAAGCAGAAGCCAUGUCUGCUGGCAGCCAGGAGUCGUCUUACGAGGAGCGCUGCGUGGACCCAGAGGAGGAACAGCUCCCUCCCCAGGAGCCAAAGGUGGUCCGCAAAGCUCACCUGAAGGACGCCAAAGAAUCUGAGACGAUUGGCUUCAUCCCGGGCUCAGCUGAGCCCUCUUCUGCUGCUCAGACCUGCAAUCCCUGCGCUUCUCCGAGGAGCUGUAGGACCUUUGUGUGCAGUGUGCUCACCUGCGGCCUGUACCGGCUCUGCCAGCGCUCCAUCCUCGCUCCCUGUCUGGCACCAAACGAGAGCUCUCCAGAGGAACCGGAGAGUGUGAGCCUCCAAGCCAGGAACCCAGGGAAACACAAGGAGGAGGCAGAACAGAAUGAUACCCCGCAGACCUUCAAUGACAUCUACAUCGGUGGAGUUAAAGUGGGCAGUCUUAAAGAAUUUAUGGACACUGACACCAUUUCCCCAUCAUAUAUUCCUUCUUCUGUGGUCCAGACUCAGCCCAGCUAUCAGUCACUGCACGAUUCCAUGCAUUUUGAUGACUGGGAGGUUGGUGAAGAGGAUGUGGACUCCCUGAUCACCAAGAAGCUUCUGGAGCUCUAUUCUGAGUAUCAGAUUGAAGAGUUGGCCAGGUGCACUUCAGACUCUGUGUUCCUGAGGAAGAGCAAGACCAUCAACCAGCUGAUAAACUCCCUGGCAGAAGAGCACAAAAUGGACGAGCAGGAGGCCGAGAACCGGCUGGUGCGUGGCAUCAUACGUAUCAGCACUCGCAAGAGCACCAAGAAGCGUCCGCCUGUCUCCAGGACGUUCUCAGACAGCGGGAAUGAGACCAUGAAUGGGAGCAGCUCCUUUACCUUCAGCAACAACAACGACUACAGGUCCAAUCCCAACAUCCAGAUUUCAGAGCAGACCUCGUCAGACAAGUUUGCCAGGGAAAUGUGGAGGAAAAACGGAGGUCACUCUUCAGGUGCUCCUUCAGGAUACUCCCACACAGAAACAGACUCCUCGGGCGUGCCUCUGAUCCGCUCCUCGGUGAGGACCUGAUGAGGACAGAACUGGCCGUCCUGACCGUUGGCGCCAUGUGCAGGACUUUGGGAGGAGUUGCACUUGCACUGGAGGGCGUGGCUGAACCAAGCUCUUGACAAGGAGGACGGAAGGAAGGAAAUGUGAAGGUGCACAUUGUCUGAAGCACGCCGGUGAACUCAGGGCUCUCUGUGUCUGUAUUUAUGCUGGUUAUUGUUUUACGUACGCGUUUGAAGGAGUAGGAGCUCCUCCCACAGGCAGAGGUCUCCUCAGAUGUUUGAUUGCCGUCCUGCUUAUGAAGCUUCCUUGAAAUGUGACUCUCCUGUGUGUGGGCUUGAGUUAUUUUUUUGCACAUUUCUUCCGUCCUGAUUCCUCUUUUCUUAAUUUAGGCCUUUUGUUCAGUAGUUCUCAUAGAGACUAAACAGAUUAUGUUGUUGAUGACUUCACACUGGCUAUGUCUCAGUUCCUGAAUUGCUUUUAAAAUCCAGGGCACUAUAUAGUCCUGCAAUAUGUAGUUUAUAAGAUGGGAAUUGCGACAUAGCCACCAUUUGGAAUUUUUCUCUGCCCAGUUAAACGUUCCCAUCAUGUUUUUAUUCCUCUCCUCUAACUACCGUAUUUUCACGACCAUUAGGCGCGGAUAAACGUCUCAAAUUUUCUCCAAAAUGUGCGGCACGCCCUAUAGUGCAGUGCGCCUACUGUGUUGUUUUGGGGUUUUUUUGGAAGGUGGAUUACAUGAAAACUUUGAGGGAUGAAGUGUGGGCUUUAUUGUUGUUGUUUUAUAGCUGAAGUGAGCGCCACACACACAGGAAGCGAGGGAGCAAGUGCCUGUGCUCCCUCGCUUCUCCAAAGCAGCAAAUGUGUGAAAAAAAAUCACAUUUAUUCAAAUUCAAAUUUGUUUGAAUUAAUUUUACAUUUUAUGUCAGAUAAUUUGUUAUUAUUGAGGCAACUUGUGAGGGGGCGCUUCAGCUGUUUCUGUGACUGAGAUAAAGGCUGUCCCGCAGGCUGUGAAAUGAAGUCAGACUUUCAAGCGCUACGCAGCAUGCGCUCUCGUGCUCGCCUCAAUAGCUGCUUUAUAUGAGCCCGCCCUCUAUGGCAGGAAAAGUAAAGGGAUUGGCUAAAACUUCACAGUACUGAAGAAAGUAGAAAUGAUUGACUUGUCCAAAGACCAAUAGACCUUCAAUGAAAUGCUGCACUGUUUGCAGCAGCUGCUUUCGGUUUGGGUAGAGAUGCGUAAAUCAAUGUCUGCGUGGAAUCAAACUUCGGUGACCAACCCAAGUUUUACCAUGCCUGCGCCCUAUGGUCAAGAGCGCCUUAUGUAUUUGUUAAAUACAGAAAAAGCACCAGUAAGUGAAACUGCGCCCUAUAACCCCUAUUCACCCUAUGGUCGUGAAAAUAUGGUAAAUGUCCACUUCAGACUCAAAAGCCUAAUUAAUGCCUUCAACCAGAGCUGCUUCAAAUGAACUCAAAACCUUUAACACAGCUUCAUUUGGUUUCUUAGCAGGAAGCAGAAUAGAUUAUCUUAAACUUUUCCCUUCUUUCUUUACCGUUGCUCUCCACUUGUUUUCAGAUUGAAAAACAGCUAUACUCACAUCAACUCAAUGCAGACGUUUGGAUCAGGAGUCAUGAUCUACUUCAGGACGUAAAUCUGGAGAUUGUUUUUGUCAUUUAUGGUCCUCUAAGAACUUAGAGUGCAUGUGUGUGAAUGAGAAGAACCAGAGUGGAAGAGUGAGGUUACAGGGAGAAGAGAUAAAGAAGGUGGAGGAGUUUAAGUAUUU